AUGCUGGUUUCGUCUGAACACGCGCGAGUAGCAGGCUGGGCUUGCGCAGGCAUCUCGCUGUUCAUUUUGAUCAUUCGAGCGGCUCUAUCGAGAUUGCAUUAUGGCUCAUUCGACACCAGCACGGUCAUAUGCAUCGCCGCAAUAGUGGUUGUCUCCGCUCGACUUGUGGUCAAUCAGUACGUCCUCAACUAUGGGACCUCGAAUGAUGCCCUCUACGGCGAAUUCCAGUAUUUCGAUUCCCAUGAUUUGGAUACGCUCAAAGUCGGCAGCAUUCUUGCCUUGAUCGCGAGGUUGUUGAUCACCACAUUUUACUGGUUGCAGAACUGCCUCCUCCUGCUAUUCUACUCUCGCAUCCUCGAAAUACGAGCGCGAUGGACCACUAUACUUAUUCGACUUUGCUGGACAGCACUACCUCUGACAUACAUAGCGGUUGUCUUGGCCACUUUCCUGGAAUGUCGUCCCUUCAAGUUAUACUGGCAAAUAGAUCCAACCCCUGGAAUCUGCAUUCGAGCCUACAUUCAACUACUUACCCAGGGCAUCGCAAACAUCGUUCUCGACCUCAUUUUGCUGGCAAUCGCCUGGCCACUUGUUGUCGUGCGUCACCGAAGCAUUCGCGCAAAGCUACGCGUGGGCAUACUAUGUUGCUUAGGCUUUUUCUGCAUCGUCACAACAUGUGUUCGCAUUGGAUACAUCUAUGCGGAGGAUUCAUACCAACCGGUACGCAGCUUUUGGGCAUCUGUUCAAAUGGUCGUGUCGUGCUUUGUGGCCAAUGCGCCCACAAUUUAUGGCUGCCUUAAGCUCAUCACAAGGCGGAAGUCCCAGCAGGUUGUACGGCGUGGAAGUCGACCAGAGGUAUGGCUUCAUCUACAUGUUACCAACCACGGAAUUGGGCCAUGGGAUGUUCCUGUUCUCACGGGCAACCUCACGAAUUUGCCAACAUGUCCCGAGAAAGCCUAG